ACGCCUCCCUGUGCGCAGCUACUCCGGCCCUUGCCCUUUGACCCUGCUUGCGGUGGGGUGAGAGGUCGGUGGCCAUCUUGUGGCGGCGGCGCGGGCGGCUGUUACUGCGGAGACCCAUCCCCUCCCCCUCCUUACCCCCUGGCCGUCUGUCAGUCAGUAAAGAGCCCCGCAGGCAGUCAGGUGAGGCCCCGGCCUCGUGCCGUCACUCUUCCCGCCGCACUGGGCGGCCCAGGCCGCUCCCUGCAGGGCCCCGCCGCCGCCACCAUGUCCUCCUUCUCCGAGUCGGCGUUGGAGAAGAAGCUCUCGGAGCUGAGCAACUCUCAACAGAGCGUACAGACCCUGUCCCUGUGGCUCAUCCACCACCGCAAGCACGCGGGACCCAUCGUCUCUGUGUGGCACCGCGAGCUCCGCAAAGCCAAAUCAAAUAGAAAGCUUACUUUUCUGUACUUAGCCAAUGAUGUCAUCCAAAACAGUAAAAGGAAAGGACCUGAAUUCACUAGAGAAUUUGAAUCUGUCCUUGUGGAUGCUUUUUCUCAUGUUGCCAGAGAGGCAGAUGAAGGCUGUAAAAAACCUUUAGAAAGAUUGCUGAACAUCUGGCAAGAAAGAAGUGUGUAUGGCGGCGAGUUCAUACAGCAGCUGAAGCUGUCUAUGGAGGACUCCAAGAGCCCUCCCCCCAAAGCAACAGAGGAGAAGAAAUCUCUGAAGCGAACUUUUCAGCAGAUACAAGAGGAGGAAGAUGAUGACUACCCUGGAAGCUACUCUCCCCAAGAUCCUUCUGCAGGACCCCUCUUGACUGAGGAACUGAUCAAAGCUUUGCAGGACCUGGAAAAUGCUGCAUCAGGGGAUGCUACUGUCCGGCAGAAGAUUGCUUCUUUGCCCCAGGAAGUGCAAGAUGUUUCUCUGUUGGAAAAAAUAACAGACAAAGAGGCAGCUGAACGUCUUUCAAAAACAGUAGAUGAAGCAUGUCUGUUACUAGCAGAAUAUAACGGGCGCCUGGCGGCAGAACUGGAAGACCGGCGCCAGCUGGCUCGGAUGCUGGUGGAGUACACCCAGAACCAGAAAGAUGUUUUGUCAGAAAAGGAGAAAAAACUAGAAGAAUAUAAACAGAAGCUUGCUCGGGUUACCCAGGUCCGCAAGGAACUGAAGUCCCAUAUUCAGAGCUUGCCAGACCUCUCAUUGCUGCCCAACGUCACAGGAGGCUUGGCCCCCCUGCCCUCUGCUGGUGACCUGUUUUCAACUGACUAGGACAGGUGUCAUGCCCCAGAGUCCCAUCUCUACCAGCAGAAAGAAGAGGGCAAGUCAUGGUUGGAAAUAACCUUGUGGCCCCUGGUUCGGUCCCUCCUUCAUCCCGGUCCCGCAGCCUCAAGAAAGAACCACAGACUCUGAUUCUCCUCUCCGUCCUCUCUUGUUGAGCACAAUUCAGAACAGUGGCGAGUGGAGUCCAGUUUAGAUUCAUAUGUGGAAGGAAUACAAGCUCUCCCACUUCAUGUUUUCGUGCCCCUGUCGGUUUUCCAUUCUUAGCUCUUUCUUUACACCCAAGAAGUUAUGAAAAUCAUGUGUACUUCUGGAAGCUUUCAGAAGAAUCUUGUCGCUUAUCACAGCAUUGUGUCAUGAAAGCAGCUUCUCUUUUUGAGCUGGGCUUGUUCAAGUUCAGUACAGGCCUCCACUGAAGGACUCACUCUGGAGUCAUUGACUUUCCUGGCUACCAUCCACCCUGAAGGUUGGAGGCACAACUGUCAACGCAGCUUUGCCAUAAAGAGUUUGCCAAAUCUCAUCCUUCCUUUCCCUUCUAGUGGUGUAUAGUCAAAGGUGAGGUGAGGUGAGGUGCGUUUGUUUUAUAAGCAGACUAGGGAAUCUAGCAAUAAGAUUCAACGCUGAUCUGGAACAUAAAGUCACAGUUCAGAAACAGGAGUAACAGGGAUCACAAACAUGAGUUAAAAAUAAGUUAUUUGCUUCAGGUUCCUACAAACAACCUUCCCAGGCACCCACUGUCAGAGAAAACGUUCCUAAAAACCUGGAUCUUUUGGCCCUAAUCGGUUGUGAAGGCAAUUGUUAGAAAUGGCACUGGCGGACCCCAAAAGCUAAAGGCUUACUAAGAGUCUGGGCUCUGCACAGGUGUUGCUUUUUCGACCCAUGUCUUUUGGGGAGCAGGGCUCACACUAACAUUUACUUCACUGGGCACAUGUCUACAGUAUGGUGAGUAGACUUGAAUAUCUCCCUUGCGAUCACGAUACUCUGUGCAUGUUUGUCCAUUUACGCCACUGGCCCCUGCACGUGUCUUUGUGCCCGGAGGAGGAGGAGGACUCUGAUGGGC